CGAAAGUGAAGAUAUGUGGUCAGAUGAGGAUGGAAGUAGUAGGGACUCAGUUGUAGAUCUUACAGAUUCCCCACCUCUUCAAACCAAAAAGAGGAAAAGGGACAUAGUACCCACAAAAUCAAUAGGCUUAACAAAAAAAGCUAGUUCCUCCCAGUGGGUGACUUCAUCUUUUGGAGACUUUGAGGAUUUUGGAAACUUGACUUCAUCUACAAAGCAAGCAAAGACAAAACAAGCCAAACUGGUCACCAAACCUCUUUCUCAGUGUCCAUCAAGGUCAAAUGUGGUAAACAAAAGACCAGCUUACGAAGAUGAAUUAUGGUCUGACAAACACAGUCCAAAAAAUCUGUUAGAUUUAGCUGUGCAUAAAAAGAAGAUAGAAGAACUGCAGACUUGGCUCCAAAGACAUUUGAAAACAGACUCAGUGAGAUCUCCAAUGGUACUUUUGACCGGCCCUGCUGGUGCUGGAAAAACAGCUCUGGUGCAAGUUCUGGCCAAGGAACUGAAUUGUGAACUGAAAGAGUGGACCAAUCCUGUGGCUGGCUCAUAUGAAGAGUCAGUCUUUGUUGACCAGAGAAAUAACUGGUCAGAUUACUCUAAAGUAGAAGGCAGCUAUUCUGGUUCUCAGCUCUCAAAAUUCCAACAGUUUCUACUGAGGGCAGACAAAUAUAAUUCCCUGGAUAUAUUUGGAAGUGUAUCCCAGAAGAAAAUUAUCCUUGUAGAAGAAUUCCCAAACAUUGUUUACAAAGAUGCUGCAUCUUUUCAUGACAUUUUGAGAAAAUACUCCAAAAUUGGAAAAUGCCCUCUCAUAUUUAUCAUAAGUGAUUCCAGCAAUGGUGAAUCUAAUGAAAGACUUUUGUUUCCUAAGCAUUUACAGGAAGAACUUCACAUAGAAAAUAUCAGCUUCAACCCCAUAGCGGCAACAACAAUGCUAAAAGUUUUGACCAAAAUAGCAACAGAAGAAGCUGAUCAUGGUAUGCAUAAAUUUUCCAUCCCAUCUAAGGCUGUGAUAGAAUCCAUUUCCAUGUCCAGUGCAGGAGACAUCAGGGGAGCCAUCAAUGCCCUACAGUUUGCUUGUCUUAAAGAUACACAUGAUCUGGUUCUCCCUACCACAUCUAAAGGAAAACAACCCAAGAGUAAAACAACAAAGAAAUCUCACAGGAAAACGGAAAACAAGAGUUCAACUGAUCCAGAUUCCACUCUGGCAGCCAUUGGUGGCAGGGAUACAUCCCUCUUCUUGUUUAGAGCUCUGGGCAAAAUCCUGUAUUGUAAAAGGGAUGACCCUCUUAACUACCCAGACUUACCCAAGUUACCUCCACAUUUAGCAGAACAUGAGAGAGAUCCACUUGCUCUUGUACCAGAGGAUAUAAUAGAGAAAUGUAAUUUAUCAGGAGACUACUUCAGUGCCUACCUGCACCAGAAUUACCUUGAAUUCUUCUCAGAAAUAACUGACGUUGUCAGGGCAUCAGAAUAUCUCAGCGACUCAGACUUCCUAACUUUUGAGUGGUCUACAAGAUCAGUAUUACAGGAAUAUGCAGCCUCUAUAGCCACAAGAGGACUGCUUCAUUCAAAUUCUAGUCGAUCCAAGUAUUCAACAGGUGGAUCCGGGCUGGGGUGGAAACCUCUUCACAAGCCUCAGUGGUACUCCAUUAGUAAGACUAAUAGACAGAAUUGUGAUGUUGCAAGACACUUAUUCAAAAGUUACGCUUGUCCACCAGAUGUUCUACAGACAGAGUUAAUUCCCUUUCUUUCUCUCAUUGAUGUCACACUUCAUGAUCCAGGCCAAAUAUCAUUUAUAAAUGAAAUAACCAAAUUCUCCAGUGCAAAGCUACGGUCAGAGAAGCUAGAUGAGAAAGACCUAGGGUUAGAUAACAACUCGCAAGAGAAUGAGGCUUCUGUAGGGAACACAUGGUCUAUGAGGGAAGAAGAUGACAAGAUUACUAGCAGCCAAUCAAAAGUUGUUACAGAACCUGAGGAAGAGGAGGAGGAUUAUGAAAUUACAGAGUUUGAUGAUUAAUUAGCAUUCUAAUAAACAAUUUUUCAAACUUUUUCAGUUAUAUGGGUUGAAAUUUUGCAUGUGAGACAUCACAUACAAUCUUUCAGUACAUGCAAUGUGUUAUUCAAGUUGUUUGCAUUAAUUAAACUCAGAUUGAACAAAUCAGUUAGGAUUAUUAGAUUUUUUGUACAUUUUGAAAUAAAGCAGAAAGUAACAUU